AUGAAGGCCAACAGCGAUCGCCGACCCGUUGAUCCUCCGCCCGUUGUCGAGCUCCGAAUUGUUGAAGGCCCCACUCUCGAAGAGGGCAAGGACGUCACUUUCGAUUACAACGCCAAUUUCUUCCUCUAUGCCAGUCUCGAGCAUGCUCGCACCAUAGCCGCUGGACGUGUAUCAAAUCCCGCUGCCAACAACCCCCCUAUUCUGACUGGUGUUCCCGCCUCUGGUAUGGCCUACCUCGACCGUCCAUCCGAAGCCGGUUACUUCAUCUUCCCCGAUCUUUCUGUGCGCCAUGAGGGUCUCUAUCGCUUGACCUUCAGCUUGUUCGAGACUACCAAGGAGGAGCAGGAUUUCGACAUGCAGCCUGCCGAUGGCGAUCUUCCACCUGGCGUUGACUUCCGAAUGGAAAUUAAGACGCAUCCUUUCGCAGUUUACAGCGCCAAGAAGUUCCCCGGUCUCAUGGAGAGCACACAGCUUAGCAAGACAGUCGCUGACCAGGGCUGCCGAGUUCGAAUUCGUCGCGAUGUUCGUAUGAGGAAGCGUGACACCAAGGCGGGUGGUGGCAACAGCAACAACAACAACAACAACAACAACAACAACAGUAACAACAAUAAUGCUGCUAACAACGGCGGAAACAACGCCUUUGAGCGUCGCGAUGAAGAUUUUGGUCGUAGAAGGACUGUUACUCCUGCCGCGGAGGACCCCCAUGGAAUCAGGAACCGAUCUCAAAGCAAUUCGAGCGAACACCGAGCUUCCUACUCCGACGCUUCUCGACGACCUUCGAUGGUGGACUCGUACCCGCCUCCACCUCCGCCUCCAUCUUACAACCCGGCUCCUUCAGCCCCGCGUCACCUUGCUUUUGGCGAGUCAUCUGGUUCCAAAUACUCGGCACCUCGACAAUAUGCUCACCAGCCUGGUCUGCAAAUAACACCCGUCUCCGCCAACGGCUCGUACCCUCCCACCGCUCAGUCGCCAUACACCAAGACCGAUGCGCCCUAUGGAUACACCAGCCGUCAUCUCCCACCAUCAUGUCCUUCGCCCGCCCCGUCUGUCAACCGCGACUUGUAUGACCGUAGACACUCCACCAGCACCUACGUUCCUCCUUCUCCGUCAGUCUACUCCGCUGAAGGCCACUACCGUCGAGACUCGCAGGCAUCAUACCCCCCUACGCCUGCUGCUACUCUUCCCCGUAUGAACACCGAGUCGUCUCGCGGAUCCAUCAAGAUUUCUGCUCUAGUCGAGCCCAUGCCCGUCAUUGAGCCUCAGGUCGAACCUCUCCCUGAACUUCCCCCCGUUAACGUUGGUGGUAAGCGCAAGCACGAGAGCGUCUUUGCCCAAAACACUAGACCACUUUUCAACGGUCAACGACAAAUGGAUCCUCACUAUGGCCGAUCUCACCGUGGUUACAGCCCCGACCACGACCAAGGCUCUUACUCUCGAGCUGAUGGCCAGAUCAGCGUUAUUCAAUUCAACAAAUAUGAGUAUUAA